AUGAGUAUGAUUUUUACGGAAAAAGACACAAAUUCAGCAAUUAAUAAUAAUGAACCCACGCAAACUACCGAAUCGAGGAACUAUUUAAAACCUUUUAGCCAUGAAUGUGACGCCAAUUCAUUGAUUAUGGAGAACAUCUUAAAUUAUUCAAAUUUGGACGCACAAUUUGAUCUCGUCAAUCUUCCCUUGAUCGAAUCAAAUUUAAUAAACGAUGACUCGUUAAAAUUUCCAAAAAAUCAUCAUCAAGACAAAUUAAAAAAACAACUUCAACCGAAUACGUCUCUGGAUAAUCCACUGGAACUUUUUACGCUCAACGAGACUCAAAUAUCGUCUCUGAUAAAUACAUCCGAAAACUUGGAUCCUUUUUUACUAUACGAGGAUCUUAAGCAUGAUAAACAAGCUUCAAAUUUCUUUCAGUAUAAUUUCUUGCCAAUGUUAUCUGAUGAUGACGAAAAUAAUAUUUCAGAUUUUCUUCUAUUUCAAAAUACUGUGCAUUCAAAGAAUUCACGAGAUCUAAAAAUCGUCUAUUGA